AUGCCAGCUCCCGUGCCGAGUCAGGAAGAGAUUGCAGCCAAAGUGCGCGAGGGACCGAACGUCUGGAUCGCCGCAGGAGACGGCGAUCUUGACCGUGUCAAGCUCUUGCUGGAGCACGGCGGUGUGACGCCGACCAGUGCCGAUUUUUCCAAAUAUACGCCGAUCCACGCGGCCGCGUCCUAUGGCCGCGCCGAGCUCUUGCGCUUUCUGCUCACCUACCCGAAUGUGUCGAAGGAUGCGGUGAAUGUUACCGACGACGAUGGCGAGACGCCGCUCUUUUUUUGUGAAGACGUGCCGACGGCCAAGCUGCUCGUGGACGAGUUCCACGCCGACGCGUCGCGCAAGAACCACGAGGGCCUCACGGCGGCCGAAAAUGCAUUGGUAAAUGAACGCGAGGCGGUCGCCGAAUACCUGCGCUCUGUCACGGGCGAGGAGGCGACGCCGCGCAGCGAGCUCCUGGCGCGCGUCGGUGAGCAGGACGAGGACGAGGAGGCGGAGGAGCGCCUCGAGGCGGCCGAGGAUGAGGAGGAUGCGGACGACCAGGACCUGGACGAGAAAGCUGACCAGCUCAUGGCGCACGUCGAGGAGAUCAUGCGCGAGUCGGAAGCCAACGGCACGGAUCCCUCGGACAAGCUGCGCGAGGUGGUCGGUGCGAGUCUCAUGAAACAGAUCAUGGAGGGCUAUCAACGCUAG